UCAUGGGCAAGCCAUCAAAAUUUCUCACCGACUUGAAACCCAAUCCUUCCUCCAAAACUGCGUUAAAUUCCCCUCCCGUCCGUAUGUGCCUCUUUGCUGCCUUCCGUUACCGGCUCCGAAGAAUCCUCCGAAAAAGUCUAAACCCAGGUGGACUGUUGCUGCUGAGGAAUUGUUUGUGCAGGAAGGAUGUCAAGUGUAAUACUGUUUGAGGAUAUUUUUGUGGUUGAUAAGAUAGACCCGGAUGGAAAAAAGUUUGACAAGGUUUCUCGCAUUGAAGCACGGAGUCAGAACUGUGACAUGUACAUGCUACUGGAUGUGAAUGUAGAAAUAUAUCCUAUGCGUGUAGGUGACAAAUUUGCUUUGGCUUUGGCUCACACAUUAAAUCUGGAUGGAACAACAGAUUCUGGCUAUUAUACUCAGGGUGGGAGGAAAUCACUUGCUGACAAGUUUGAAUACAUUAUGCACGGGAAGCUAUACAAGAUCUCAGAUGAAGGCUCUGGGAAAACACUUAAAGCUGAGAUAUAUAUUUCAUAUGGUGGGCUUCUAAUGAUGCUGAAGGGAGAUCCUUCUUAUAUUACCCACUUCGAGCUUGAUCAAAAGCUGUUUCUCCUAAUGAGGAAGUUGUAAAACCUUGUAAUAGUAACAUACAACACAUCUCUCUUUAACCUACAAACUUCUGCUGUUUGUUGUAACGACAGGUUCAUGGAUCGUGAGACCCUUCUAGGCAUUGUAAUGUGGUAUUAACAGUGGAUUCUUUAACAUGGGGUUCAUGUUUGUCAAAAUGAAAAGGCUUUUAAUGGUUC